GCGGGGUAGGUAGCUGCGGGGACCGGAAGGAUGGCGAGGAAGUCGGAGAGGGUUUCCUGAGAUGAGAGAUUACUUCCGUCCGGGCUGUGGCCUCUCUCUGGAGCCGGCUCGCAGGGGCUCGAGGAGCGGGGUGCGCGGGGCUCGGGGCCGCGCCUUGCCACCUGCAGUGCCCGGGCGGGCCGCGGGGGUCUUGGCGGGACGCGCUCGGCCCUGUCGCAGGGGCUAACGCGGGGGGAUCCUUGCAGGUGGGAGCAUUUCAGAGCGCCAAGCCAUGGUGGCCAAACAGCGGAUCCGGAUGGCUAACGAGAAGCACAGCAAAAACAUCACCCAGAGGGGGAACGUAGCCAAAACUCUGAGGCCGCAAGAGGAGAAAUAUCCUGUGGGACCAUGGCUGUUGGCACUGUUUGUUUUUGUUGUCUGUGGCUCAGAAAAGGUGUGUUUUCCAGAGGUUCCUGAUGUGCAGCCAUCCUGGGACUUGCUCCCAGAUGGAGACAGACUUGACCCAGCCACAGACUGCUUCUUGGUUGGGCCACCAGUGCCCCCACUCACUCCCCUGGACACUUGCUCCAGAACAGACUUGAAUUCACCAUAUUUGCAGGUCAACCACAUAAACUGGCCUUUCCUGGAGAUUGCCAGAACUUUCUCAAAACUGUGACAUCCAGAGGGAGUCACCCCCCAAGACCAGCAAGUGGAAUGUUUGUGGAACUGGCCAGCCCUGGAGGAAAGACUAAGGCCAUUCAUCUGCCCUGGAGUUCCAUCCUCGGGAUCUGAGAUGCACAACCUGGAGAAGACAUGUCAUCAGAUCAUCGCUCCCUCAAGGUGACCUAUGGCAUCCCUUGUGCCCUGGGGGCAUUUGGGAUUGUGUAGAGGCUCUCUCAAAGCAAGUUUCUGAUAGAACGCUUUACAUUCUUUGCUAAUAACAUCUGGGUUUUAAUAGCGCCUUGUUGCCCUCGCCUGUCUUUGGCAUCUCUCUUUUUUCCCUCUUCUCCAUCUCUAGAGAAGCCACCAGAAAAUGGUAUCGUACUUUUGACUCCCUUUGUGCUGAUUCUUUUAGAGAAUUUAAUGAUCUGCCUUGCAAUGUCUUGUCUCCUGACAUUUCAGCGUGUUUCUCAGAGGUACUCCACUUCGCUUUCUAUCAGCUCUUUGAUCAUUCUCGUUUUCUUUAAUGAAAAAUAAUCAAAAUUAUAUGAUUUCUAGGUUGUCUUCUUCUCCUAAAGGAUAUCUUCCUUCUGGUCUCUCUUAAUCUCUCUUCUCAGCAACUCCUUUUCUCUCUUUUAUCAUCAAUUUAUUGUCAAUAAAAGUGGCUUUAGGAAGCCUCCUGUUGGCUG